CAGAGGACAGGCCAGUCCCUCACAGCUCGUCCCAACGCAACAGAUUGUUAUUUUGCUUGUGCCGUGCUCUUGUGCCGCGGGUUGAGUAUGAACCUCAGUCUUCCUGAUCAGAGCAUGCACGGCUCGGGUGAGGGCGGUCUAGACGAGGACAAGCCUGAGGUCCUGCUUCCCUGCUUCAGAAGAAACAUGUAUGAGGAGCCCCUGCCCUCCACACCCUACUCCAGCGGCUCCAUCAUCUCCCAGCUCCUGAGAAAGACCCUCCCGGCAAAGAGAGCCAUGGAGGAGGGACACUACUACCUGUGCAGUGCCGACUCUGGCCAGGAGGACCGCAGCAGUGUCUCCUCCAAGGACAGCAUGGCAGAGGCAGCAUCCCCCAAUGUGUCCACGGGGGCCAGCUUGGAGGGGGAGCAUCCCAUCAGUGACCACCUGCAGGCAAAGAGAGCAAGAGUGGAGAACAUCAUCCGUGUGAUGGCUGGCUCUCCAACCAGCCGGCCGCACGGGGAUGUCGAUAAGUCCGAAGUGGAGGUGAGAGAGGGGAGGGAAGUUAGAGACCCCUACAGGGAGAACAAACGGAAACAACGACUGCCCCAACAUCAGGAACACAAUUUAGACGUGGGUCGAAAAUUAGGACGUGACAGCAGCAGUAAAGAUGAGGAGUGCCACAGACUUAAAGAGCAACUCCACAGCAUGCAGCGACUCCUUCAACAACUGCAGGAAAAGUUUCUACAAGUUUAUAACCAAGAAGAUCCAGAUGACGAAAUGAACUUAGAUGAGAGCACAGAGUCGAGGUAUGUCAGCUCUGAGGAAGAUUUUGACAGGAAGAAUACUAGAGUGGCUGCAGAGUGUAAGGAUAGGGUCAAAUUAAGCUACAUAAGGGACAGUUUAGAAGACACAUUGAAGGAGGAGCUGUCCCGAGCCGUGGGCGAGUGCGUGGAUCGAGUUUUCCGAAAGAUGACACCUACAGGGCUGGACAUGUCACCUCCUCAGCGCAUGUGCUCCUCUCCAGAUAUCAGUGUGGAGAGAAAGGCAAUUCAGGAGCCAGCCCAAAGCGAUGACACGCAAAUCAAAACUCACUCCUUAGAUUAUUAUGAAGAGUCCCACAGCCCCCAGGAUCAAACCGAGGCUCUGUCGCUGGUGGUCCGUAAGCCUGUCGUGACUCCCCUCAGCGCCCCGUCAGUGAAAAGACCCUUUCCCGUGCACCAGUCGCCCUUCCAGUUCAACUACAGUGCCCCGCUCCAUGACAGUCAGAUCCUGGAGCACCUGUUGAAGUAUGGCCCGCACUCCAACUUCCUCCCCUGCAUGCCCACAGCUGCUGCGAUGGACAGGGGCUCUCCAGACACGGUCGAUCUGCCCUGGGACGCCAUCGCCAUGAGGUCAAAGGUCACAUCGGGACACCUAGGUCAUCACCCGCGCCCCUCUGCUCUUGGGCCGGUCACUGUGGACAACCUGUGUCUGCCCCACGUCAAGCUGGAGUGUGCGGAGCUGCAGGGCAUGGCUGAGCGGAAUCCGUACAUGUCACUCAAUAUCCAGGAGGGUCUCACGCCCAGCCAUCUGAAGAAGGCCAAGCUCAUGUUCUUCUACACCCGCUACCCCAGCUCCAAUGUGCUCAAGACCUACUUUCCAGACGUCAAGUUCAACCGCUGCAUCACCUCUCAGCUGAUCAAGUGGUUUAGUAACUUCAGGGAGUUCUACUACAUCCAGAUGGAGAAGUUUGCGAGGCAGGCCAUUGUAGACGGGGUGGGGGACGUGAAGGACAUCACUGUCAGCAGAGACUCAGAGCUGUUUCGAGCACUCAACAUGCACUACAACAAAGCCAACGACUUCCAUGUUCCAGAGCGAUUCCUGGAGGUUGCAGAAAUCACUCUCCACGAGUUUUACAACGCCAUCUCUGCCUCCAAAGACUCGGACCCCUCCUGGAAGAAGGCCAUCUAUAAGGUGAUCUGUAAACUGGACAGUGAGGUCCCAGAAGAGUUCAAGACGUCUUCCUAUUUAUAAACAUGGCUGCCAAUCGACUGCUUAUAUAGUGCUUUUUAGUGAAGUGGAAUGUAGAUACUAAGAACUAUAGCUGUACACACCUGUAAAUCUGUUAGUGAAUGCUGUUGUGUUUUGUUGAUUUGAUUUUUAGUGUUUCUUUGGUUUGAAAUGUUCAAACUAAAAUGUAAAUAUGAAAUGUUUACAAAGGUUUAACUGUGAAAUCUGGCACAAUUGAAGUU